GAGUACACCUCGGUAGGUGCCGCGUCGCACUUUUAACUAUUCCCCUCUCCCGUAGCGUUGCAACUUCCUCCCUUCUACUUCCUCUGCUCGUGACUUCGUGGACCAUAACAGAGGAAAAAACAACAGUAGUACUACUGAUAUUGUAGAACAUCAACCGCUUCAGGGGUUUAGCUGAGCUGAGCUGCGCGUGCCGUGUGGUUGCGGGUAGCUUAGCUUGGUGCUCAUGGCGAUGGCGCGUGCGUGAGAUGCUGAGCGGGCCGGGCAACGACGAGCUGGCGGAGCUGCUGUGGGCCGACGACGGGCCGGCAUUCCGGCGCCCGCCGCCGCUGUUCCCGCCCUUCGCCACCACCAGGCCCAGGCCAGACCUCCUGGCCAAGCACCCCGCGCCGCUAGACGCCAUGCGCGACCUCCUCGCCGUACAGGAGGACGAAGACGCCGUGCCCUGGUUGCAUUACCCCAUCGUCGGCGUGGACGACGACGGCGGCGGCCAUUGCGCGGUCCCGCUGCCCGCGGAGUACUGCUCCCCCGGCUUGCUGCCCGGGUACUCCGGCGCCCUCCCCGCUGCGGUGGCGGGCAAAGAAGCCGGAGAUGCGCACGCGCAGCCGUCGACCUCCCACGGCGGCGCGGUCGGCGUGCCCAAGCAGCAGCCGCGGCCGAGCGGCGGCGAGAGCGUCCUGAACUUCACCUUCUUCUCCAGGCCGCUGCACCGCCCGCCGGCGCCGGCGCCAGUGGAGUCCAUGUCCACAGCUGCGGUGACGACGAACCGGCUAAGGAGCACCCCGCUGUUCUCGGAGCAGAGGAUGGCAUGGCUGCAGCCGCCGCCGCCCAAGGUCACGACGGCCGCCGCAGCUCCUGCCCCUCCCCCUCCGGCUCCGGCGCCGGUAACUCUCCGGCAUCCCGAACCGGCCCCGCCGUUAACGAGACUGCAACCAGAAGCAAGGGCACCGGAGUCGGCGCCGGCGCCGCUGCCGCCGGCCGCGACGGCGACGACCUCGUCUGUCUGCUCCGACAACGGCGACCGGAGCCACCAGCUGAAGAGGAGCAGCCACCAGGCCGCCGCCGAGUGGUCGCUCAGCCAGGAUGACGAGGACCUGGACGACGAGGCCGGCGGGCUUCGGAGGUCGGCGGCGGGGGCGAGGAGCACGAAGCGGGGGCGCACCGCCGAAGUGCACAACAUGUCAGAAAGGAGGAGGAGGGAUCGGAUCAACGAGAAGAUGCGCGCGCUGCAGGAACUCAUCCCCAACUGCAACAAGAUCGACAAGGCGUCGAUGCUGGAGGAAGCGAUCGAGUACCUCAAGACGCUGCAGCUCCAGGUGCAGAUGAUGUCGUCCAUGGGGCCGGCGGCGGCGGCGGCCGGGCUGUGCGUGCCGCCGAUGCUGGCCAUGCAGAUGGCGCCCAUGGGCAUGGGCAUGGGCAUGGGCAUGGCGCACUUCCACCACCACCACCUCGGCGCCAUGGGCUUCGGCAUGGGCGCCGCCUUCGACCCUCGCCUCGUCGCCGCCGCCGCCGCCGCGCAGUUCCCGUGUGGCCCGAUGCCCACCUUCGCCUUCCCCGGCGCCCCCGCCAUGCCGUCCAUGCCGCCAUUCCCCCAAACGGCCCCGGCGGCGGCGGCAGGCGCUCACUUCGUCAUCAACAACGCCAGCGGCGGCGCGCAGCCCGAACAGGCGCCAGACAACCAUCCCGCCGCCUCACCGUAGCUCGACCAUGGCGGAAACUUCGAUCUGACUCUCUGUAGGCGGUAGCAGCAGCGCGUGGUAACUCGGGACGAAAAUUUCUACCCUGACGCGGUAACAAUGUAAAAAGAGGUCUGAUGAAUCUCCACGUCUCUACUGUUCUUUUGCAUCUUCUUCCUUGCGCAUCAUUGAUCAGCAUGUCAGAUGAUGAUAGGAUAGGACGGGCCGGGCACAGUGGCUGCCGCUGCUAGAUCAGAUUAGAUGGUUGGUCGCUUUUGUAGCACACCGUUCAAUCCAUGCAUACAGUAGUCGACA